UAUUAAUAUUCUAUUCUUUUUCCUGUUUAACUUCUCUUAAAAUUAGGUGACAUUUCAACUGCUCUAACCAUCACUUCAAAAAAAAAGAUGGAAAAAGCCACAGAAUUUUCAUCAGAUGGCAACUCUUUGAUUAAAGCUGUUUAUCACAGAAGACUUCGCCUUACAAGAUUAUUGUUAGAAGGUGGGGCCUACAUUAAUGAAAGCAAUGACCAUGGUGAAACACCUUUAAUGGUUGCUUGUAAAACAAAGCAUGUAGACCAUCAGAGUGCUACCAAGUUCAAAAUGGUGAAAUACCUUUUGGAAAAUAAUGCCGACCCAAACAUACAAGACAAAACUGGAAAGACAGCUUUGAUGCAUGCCUGCUUGCAAAAAGCUGGCCCUGAAGUGGUUUCUUUGCUCAUUAGAAGUGGAGCUGAUUUAAGUUUACAAGACCAUUCAGGAAACACAGUUCUUCUAUAUUCAGUGAAUUCGGAGGAUAAGGAAACUCUAAAAAUUAUUCUAGAAGCUUGUAAAGCAAAGGGAAAAGAAGUUAUAAUCAUUACCAAAGACAGAUCUCCAUCUGGAAAGCAAAGAACUAGGCAGUUCUUAAAUGUGCCUCCUCCUGAUGUUGAUGAAGGUCAGUUUUCAAGUUCUUGUACUUCUCCAUCAGAAGUAGAAGUUAAAACAACUUUGCCCUCUCCUACUGAUUCAAAUGACACAAACGAGUCUCUCUUUAAUUUCAAAGAACUGAGUCAUCCUGGAAGAAAGGAAUCUGAACAGCAUUCUCCUUCUAGAAAAAUACACACAGGUCCUCAAAUGCCAAACUCUAAAAUUUAUUCUGAACCUUGGAUGAAAACUUCCUCUUCACUCUUGAAUCAGAAUCAAAUAUCUUGUUUGCAAGAAGAACUUCAUGAUAUAACUCCAGAAGAAGAGUUAUCUUUCAAAAUCAAUAAUCUAGCCCUGUCUAAGAGAUAUAUCACUAGGCAUCACAGCAUUGAUAUUAAGGAUACCCUUAAUUUCUUGAAAAGUUUUGAACAAACUGCCUCAAGAAAGAUGUCAUGUGAUGAAAUAAACUCCAAUUCACUUUUCAGUGAGACUGGUCGGAGUGAAAUUCCUUCAGACCAAAAUCUGGAUUUGACCCACAUGAACUUCAUUUCCUCCCUGAAAAGCAUUGUUCAAAGGAGAAACCUGGGUGCAAACCACUAUAGUUCUGAUUCACAGUUAACUAGCUUAGGCCCUGUUACAGAAGACAGCAAAUUACUUCUACUAGGGAAGAAAAAGCUGUUUUCACCAUCACCAUCAUUAUCUUCAAGUUCUAAAGAAUUGAUUGAAAAUAUGCCUCCAAGUUUCUUAAGCAGGAGAAAUCAUGCUAUUCUAGAGAGACGGGGUUCAGAUCACACUACCCUGGCUAGACCUAACUUUCUCCCCCCCUUAAAUGUGAACGUUCAUUCCCCAAUCUCUGAUCUCUACAAGAUAAAUAACAUAUCUUCCUGUGGACAAAAACCCUUAAUUCCAACAGCACCAGCUUACCCUAAAGACUUCAAGAACACAACUCUGUUGACAAGAAGACAGUCAUUACAAACAGAGCAGAUCAAGCAGCUGGUGAACUUUUAGCAAAUGAUAAACAAUGACAACAAAUGUGUGUCUGGUUCCUUCAAUUUUUUUUUCUUGUUUGAAAAUUAGCUGCUCAAGCAUCUUGGUUAACAAUUACAUCAACCGUUCUAAAUUAAUGUUGAAAUGAAGCUGCAAAAAAGGACUAAGUCUUGUUUGAUUGGAGAAAUAUAUGUCUAUAUAUAAAUGGAUCACAUAUGUAAACCUUAAUGUUUAUUUAGCUUUAGCUUAGCAUGUUGUGUGAACCCAGCCCAUGAUAGUUUAUGAACAGUAUCUGUGACUUAGCAGACUUAUUUGAAUUCAGCUGCAGUGAGCUACGAAAUACCACUGCCCUCAUCAUACAUUCCAUUGCAAACAUGAAAGAUUGGAUAUUCUUGCUUAGCAUAAGUAUUUUAAACUACAAGUUGUUCAUAGAACACUUUUAACAUUAACAAAUGUUAAACAAGUGUUUUUAUACAGUCUACUGCCUCCUUCUCCAAUGGAGCUUCCCAGAUGUGUUAGUUAGACUAUCCAUCAACUGCACACACCCCUACUGUCAUGUGACUGCAUUUUGGGCACUCAGCAGCUGACUCACAUUUAUGGCCAUUUGCAGUGUCCCUUAGUGAUAUGAAUGCAAUUUAUGAUGUUUUUGCUGAAAAUCAUUACCCCAUGAUAAACAAUAGGUUGCCUUAAUAUCUGCCACAAAAAGGUUAUAAAAUGGGUCUGGUCAUGGUGACCCUCCUUAUGUCUCACAAUUAUCACCUAAUAAUGGCCAGGUCCAUUAUUAAAAGUCGAAGAUUACCUGUGUAAUAUAUUUACAGAGUUAAUAAAAUACCAUUAGGGAAGGAAAGAAAAGGAGAUGUCUAUGUGCAGAUUGUAUUUUGUUAGAUUUCACAUGUAUCACUUACAAAUUUAGAGAUACUAAAAAAACAAAGGCACUUCUCUAAAAAUUGUUGAGUAAUAUUGUGUGUGUUAGCCUCUUCUCUUAACAAAAAUCUUGAUCAAAAUGCAUUAAGACUAAUCCAGAUAUUUCAGUAGGACCAAUUUAGCCAUUAACCAUUGGGAAUGUUCAUAUAGUCUGAUUUUUUUCAGAUUAGUUAGGCUUCAGUUUCUGUAAUUAUCUAGCCAAUAAUCCAGUCUGAAAAUCCAAAGGUUGUCAGGAGCCCUAGUGAUUGGGAAUGCAGUAUUGCAGGCCAACUGCCCACAGCCUGAAAUUCCAUCCUAACAGGGCUCAAGGUUGA